AUGCCCAAGAAAUCAGGAGUGUCAAGCCGUUGGGAGCCAAGCAUCCAGUUCACCUCACCAGCCAUCGACCUGCCCACGACCAGCAAGACGCCGGAGCUCAUGGAGCUGCCCGUCGAGAUCCUCAUCGAGAUUACGCAGCGCCUCGGCCCCGCUCUGAGACACAACAUCAGUCUCCUCACCCUCUGCGAGCUGUGGUACGAUGUGGCGAAGCGAUGGUUUUCGGAACCGCCCCCGCAUGUCCUAUGGUGCCCUCUCCCGCACGAACCCGUCGUCUCCUCGACGCAGCCCUUUCGCGACCUUGAGGCACUCAUGGGGGAAUAUACACCUAGUUUUUAUCAUUCUAAUACCGUAUUGGAUCGUGCCUUCCCCAACUACGAUGUCAAGCUGAGCAGGAUUAAGGAUGACCAGCUGCGCGCCCUCGAGUCUCUGCGGAUCGUCAGCCAAGACAGCAUAACGGGCGCCUAUGGCCCUGGAGAGACAGAUGAUCUUGAACCCGGAGGCAACGAAUCACACUCCUCGCCAUUCUUUUUGAUACCUGCCUGGCACCUCUGCGAGACGGUCGCAAAGGUCACCCCGCAGCUGGAGUGCCUCCCCGUGCGAACGCAUGGAGUCCCCAAAGCUCCUGCGCGUGUGUGGCUGCCUGAGGGUGAGGAUACAGCUGUCCAUGUGUGGGAUGGACCGGGUGAGAGGGUCAUCGGCCAGUUGGCGCCUGAUAAGCGGUGGGAUGCUGAUGUCGAGCCCAUCGAGGAGAUUAUAGAGGAUUAA